AUGACGUCUAGAAUGAUGGGUUUUGAAAGCCUUAAGGGAUUCUAUUCUCAAAAUCCUGACUUUAAGCCAAUUUGUGAGGAGUUGACCCAAGGGAGGAGGGUUGAUAGAUUCCAACUUGUUGAUGGGUUCCUAUUCAAGGAUGGUAGUGUUUGUGUCCCAAUGAGCUCAUGGAGAGAAUUUUUCAUCAAGGAAGCACAUAGUGAUGGAAUGAUGGGCCAUUUUGGAGUGGCCAAGACACUUGACAUUUUGGGUGAGCAAUUCUAUUGGCCCAAGAUACAGCAUGAUGUUAAAAAUCUAUAUGUUCAAUGUUUGAAAUGCAAGCAAGACAAGUCCAAGACUCGGCCCCAAGGCGAGCCUUUAGAUUCGAGGACGAAUCUUCUCAAAGAAGGGUAG